ACUCGGGACUCUGAAUCAGUCAAGUGGGCUGCACGGUGUGAGUCCUGCCGCUCGAUUGACACUUUUCCGUAAACAAAUAUGGCGGCCGCGGAUCCACGGUCCUCGAGUGACGGCGGCCCCGCCAGCAGAGGAGGCUUCCCGGCCGGUGAGAGCAGCGACGAGCGCGGUGGUGCCGCAGGAGGCGGAGGAGGAGGCGCGGAGCGGGAACGCGAGCGCGAGCGGGCCACGUUCGAGUGCAACAUCUGCCUGGACACGGCGCGCGACGCCGUCAUCAGCCUGUGCGGACACCUGUUCUGCUGGCCAUGUCUUCACCAGUGGCUCGAGACUCGGCCCAGCAGACAGCAGUGUCCCGUGUGCAAAGCAGGAAUCAGCAGAGAGAAAGUCAUUCCACUGUAUGGCAGGGGAAGCACCAGCCAAGAGGACCCCAGGUUGAAAACACCACCUCGACCUCAGGGCCAGAGAACAGAACCAGAAAACAGAGGGGCCUUCCAAGGGUUCGGGGACACUGGCUUCCAUAUGUCCUUUGGCAUCGGUGCUUUUCCCUUCGGCUUCUUCACAACAAUCUUCAACACUAAUGACCUUUUCCAAAGAGGAGAUCCCCAUUUUACUGCAGAUAACCAUGGCAACGGUAACCCCAACAAUGGCAACAAUUGGCAGGACUCUCUCUUCUUGUUUGUGGCCAUAUUUUUCUUCUUCUGGCUGCUGAGUGUGUGAGGAGGAUGAGCCAGCAAUCAGCGGGGUUUGGGGAAUGUUCGUAUUGCACACACGUGGACAGA